AUGAAAUACAAUUUAUAUUUUCUUUUUUUAUUGAAGGAUACGCUUGAUUCAUUAACUAGACUUUAUCAAUUGCUUAAUGAAUUUGAUCAAUACAAUUUUGUAUGGAGAAAGCGUGCAUGUUUUGAAAAAACAAUUAAAUGUUUAGCAUUUUAUCAACAGGGCGAUUUUGUUCGUGCCCGUGAAACAGCAGAAAAAUUAAUGUUGUAUUUAAACGAAAAAUUAUUUAAAUCUGAUUCAUUAAAUGCGGUAACACCUGCAAUACUAUCAGAAUUUCAAAUAUUUGAAAAUUGUUGGAUUGAUUCUUGUAAACAACUUAAUGAUUGGACAUCAUUGGAAGCAUUUUCAAAUUCGGAUGAAGUUGCAAAUAUUAAUUUAUUGACAGAAACCGCUUGGCAUUUGAGUGAUUGGAAGCUUUUAAAAGAUUGCCUAAUUCAACUUGAUGCUGCUGGUGAUCCGUCAAUGACAAUAAAAUCGUAUCUUUACAAAUUAAUGAUUAAGGUGGGUAUUUUUUAUUUAAGAGAUUCAAAUUUAUUUUUAAAUUGUUAA